GGGACCACAGCGAUCUGACCAUCGCUUUGUGGAACACCUACACCUACGAGCUCAUGGUGUCGACCUGUAUCUCGGAGCCAGUCCACGACAUGGCUUUUAGCCCUCAUUCGCCCAGAGAGCUGGCCUGCGUGGGGAAGGGAGCCGUGCUGUUCUGGCGCCUGGAGCAGCAGGGACCUGAUGUCAACCUCAAGGUUCAUCGGGCCCCUGCCCCGGACGUGUUGGGGCCAGUGGAGCUGACCUCCCUCUGUUACAGUGCUGAUGCUCUUCUUUACGGUGGGACCAACUCAGGGCAGAUCUGCGUGUGGGACACUGAGACCAGCUGCUGCUUCAUGACAUGGGAGGCCGACGAGGGCGAGAUCGGUGUGCUGGUGUGUCGGCGGAACCAGCUGGUGAGUGGCAGCAACACGAAACGCAUCCGCCUGUGGGCUGUGGCCGCUGUGCAGGAGCUGAGGCUGAAGGGUCCCGACGCCAGCUCCAGCUCCGUCCUGCUGGAACAUGAGAUCACGCUCGAUGGGACGAUAGUCAGCGCAGCCUUUGAUGACUCUCUGGAAAUGGGAAUUGUGGGCACCACGGCAGGGACCCUGUGGUACAUCAACUGGCCGGAGAGCACAAGCAUCCGACUCAUCAGCGGCCACAAGAACAAGGUGACCGAAGUGUGCUUCAGUCCCGAUGAGACGCACUGCGCAACGUGCGGGGAAGACGGCAGUGUGAGGAUCUGGUCUCUGGGCAGCACGGAGCUGGUGGUGCAGUUCCAGGUGCUCAACCAGAGCUGCCAGUGCCUGGCCUGGAAGCCUUGUCCCGCCACUGCAUGGGGAGCUGAGAGCCAGCACGUCGUGGCGGGGUACAGCGAUGGGACCAUCCGCCUGUUCAGCGUUUCCAGGACAGAGAUGGAGCUGAAAAUGCACCCCCAUGCUGCCGCAGUGACAGCGAUUGCCUACUCCACAGAUGGAGAAAUGAUCUUAUCGGGAGGCAAGGAUGGGCUUGUGGCUGUCAGCAGCCCUCGCACCGGGAUGACUAUCCGCGUCCUCGCUGACCACAAAGGCUCCCCCAUCACCGUCCUCCAGUGCACCAGGAAGCAGUACCACGACUUUGGGGUGGAAGGAGGUGAGCUCUGGCUGGCCACCAGCUCAGACCGGCGGGUCAGCAUCUGGGCCUCCGACUGGCUGAAGGAUAAGUGCGAGCUCCUCGACUGGCUCAGCUUCCCGGCUCCAGCCAGCCCCGAGGGUCUCGGCAGCCUCCCGCCCAGCCUGGCCGCGUUCUGCCCCUGGGAGCCCGGCACCCUGGUCUACGUCGGCUUUGGGAUGCAGAAGGAAGCGUUGUUCUACAGCCUGCGCAAGAAACAGGUGGUUGAGAAGAUCUCCUUGCCGUACUUCGCCACAUCGCUCAGCCUGUCUCCUGCAGCGCGCUUCAUGGCUGUUGGCUUUGGUG